AUGCAGCCGUUCUGUGGGGUUUUGGUGUUCGGACUUCUGGGCUUGAGUCUGGCGGCGCCGCAUGGACAUGGACAUGCGACCAGCUACAGCGUGCUGACCAAGCACGAGGAGCCAGUGCACAAGAGCUACGGACACGGACACAUUGAUCACGGCUAUGCCGGCUAUGGAUAUGAUGGCUUGGGUUUGGGCUUAGGCUAUGCAAGCUAUGGACAUGGCUACGAUAAACAUGAGCCAUAUCAUUAUCCCAAGUAUCACUUCGAUUAUGGUGUCAAGGAUGCGCACACGGGCGAUCAGAAGAGCCAGUGGGAGUCACGCGAUGGCGAUAAGGUGCACGGUAGCUAUUCUUUGAAGGAAUCAGAUGGUACGACACGAGUCGUGGAAUACACCGCCGAUGAUCACAAUGGCUUCAAUGCGGUGGUCAAGAAACUGGGACAUGCCCAUCAUCCACAGGUUUACAAGAGCUACGGACAUGGUGAUGUUUAUGGUGCCGGCUACGGACACGAUGUCGCACACUAUGGUGGCUACGAUCAUGGAUACGGACACGGACAUGGACAUGGACAUGCCAGCAGCUAUGUGAGUGUAAAGCAGCUCCAUUAA